AUGAAGCUGUCUCUUCUGUCCUUAGCGACCCUGGUCGGGGCCGCUAUGGCUGACCUGGACCCCAUUAUCAUUAAGGGUUCUAAGUUCUUCUAUUCCAGCAACGACACUCAAUUUUUCAUGCGUGGUGUUGCAUACCAAUACUCUCAAACUGAGGAUCCAUUGGCUGAUGCCACCGCUUGCAAGCGUGAUGUUCCUUACUUGCAGGAGUUGCGCACUAAUAUCAUCCGUACCUACUACAUCAACGCCACUGCUGACCACACUGAGUGUAUGAAGCUGCUGUCAGAUGCAGGCAUCUACGUGGUCUCUGAUCUUUCCAGCACAACUGAAGCCAUCGACCGUAGCGACCCAGCCUGGAACGUUGCCCUCUACGACCGUUACACUUCUGUCAUUGAUGAACUGUCGCAGUACAACAACACUAUUGGUUUCUUUGCUGGCAAUGAGAUCGCCAACUCCGUAUCUACUACAGAUGGUACCGCUUACGCCAAGGCCGCCGUUCGUGACAUGAAGAAGUACAUCAAGGAGAAGGGCUACCGAUCUAUGGGUGUUGGAUACGCCACUGCCGAUGUUGAGGCUAUUCGUGUCGAACUCGGUGAUUACAUGGACUGCGGCACUGAUGAUGAGAGCGUUGACUUCUACGGUUACAACAUUUACUCCUGGUGCGGUGACGCAACUUACACAUCUUCUGGCUACAAGGCACGCACUGCAGAGUUUGCCAACUACACCGUUCCCGUCUUCUUCGCCGAGUAUGGCUGUAACGCAGAUCCCCCUCGCAAAUUCACCGAGGUCGAGGCUAUCUACGGCGAUGAAAUGACUGAGGUCUGGUCUGGUGGUAUCGUUUAUAUGUACUUCGAAACAACAAACGAUUAUGGCUCGACUGGAAACAUGAAAAAUACUGAUCAUCAUAUUAUUGAAGGUCUUGUUUCUAUCGUUGAUAGCACCAGCGUCAGCACUUUGACCGACUUCAGCUACUACUCCAAGGAAAUCGCCAGUGCCACUCCCUCGGGAACCAACAAGGCCUCUUACACCCCAACCAACACCGUUCUGCAAACCUGCCCCACUGAGGGUGCUGAUUGGGAGGCCAAGUCCUCUCCCUUGCCCCCUGCUGUUGACGAAACCCUCUGUGGAUGUAUCUACGAUGCCGCCGCCUGCGUUCCCGAUGCCAGCCUUACCUCUGCCAAGAUGGGCACCCUUCUUGGCCUUGUCUGUGGUUCCACUGACUGUGGCGGCGUUGACGGCAACGGUACUACCGGCGUGUACGGUGCUUACAGCAUGUGUAGUACCAAGGAUCAGCUUGCUUUCGCUCUCAACAAAUACUACGUUGCCCAGGACAAGGUUGCUAGCGCCUGCAGCUGGGGUGGUUCCGCCAGCACCAAGGCUACUACCGCUCCUACCGGUACUUGCUCCUCGCAGAUCAAGGAGGCUGGUACCGCCGGUACUGGCACUGUUACCACGGAGGCCACUGCUACUGCUGACUCGAGCUCUGGAUCCUCCAGCUCAUCUUCGUCAAGCAGUGCUGGUACCACUGUCCACUCUAGUGUCUCCUUUGGUUUCUUCCAAGUUGGCGUCCCUGCCGCUAUUGCGCUCAUGACUGGUGUGGGUAUGAUUCUUCUGUAA